AUGCCGCGGACUACUCGACAGACUAGAUCCAAGGCGGUCACGGCAGCCUCGGCGAAAGCAAAAGCACUAGCCGCAACAAUCGCCGCAUCAUCUGCUACGAAUCCCACCACACCACCAGCCGUCACUCCGCCGCCGCCGCCGCCGACGCUGCUCUUCAGAGACGCGGCGGCGUGGGAGUCGUGGCUGGAGGAGAACCACAAAGGCACCGAGGGCCUCGGCGUUGUGUGGCUCAAGAUCGGCAAGAAGAGCUGUCCGGAGCCGACGGUGACGUACGACGAGGCCGUCGAGCUGGCCCUGUGUUUUGGUUGGAUAGACGGGCAGCGAAAGGCCCUGGACGAGCACUUCUUCAUCCAGAGGUUUACCCCGCGCCGCAGGAAGAGCAUCUGGUCCAAACGCAACGUCGCGAGGGUUGGGGUGCUAAAGAAGGCCGGGAGGAUGCGUCCGGCGGGUCAGGUCGAAGUUGAUGCCGCCAUGGCUGACGUCGUCAACCUGAAGAUGGCAUCAAACUCGAAGCCCUUACUUGGCGAUGUGCUCGUCACAGGAGGAUGUGGCUUCCUGGGCUACUACAUGGUCCGUCAGUUACUCGAAGACAGUGAAUGUGGUGCUGUGCAUGUGCUAGAUCGUGAUACCACCCACAACCGCAUCGACGGCGCCAAUUAUGUCAAGGCUAGCAUCACCGAUGAGGAAAAAGUGCGGGCGCUCAUCAUCAAUGAACUACGUCCGCGAGUCAUUUUCCACUGUGCAUCGCCCAACUUCAGCUACCCUACCCUCAGCGCAGGGACAAAUGACCAGUAUGUCAGCAACGUCAAGGGCACUGAGAUACUGCUGAAGGCGGCAAAAGACAGCCCACACACGGAGGCAUUUGUGUUCACAUCGAGCGUGGAUAUGUACUCGGGCGCACCGCACAACAACGCCGACGAAACACAAGCCACCUGGAAGGAUGACGACUGGAACCCCGGUGUCGACGCAUAUCGCCAGAGCAAAGCCAUCGCGGCAAGGCGAGUGAUCGUAGCAAACGCCAGCGAUGGAACCGGGCCGGGCAAGCUCAAGACUACAUGUCUUGCUUUGGCGCACAUGUAUGGCGUCCGCGACUCUCAGCUUACACGGGCCAUGAUCGACAAUUACGCUGCAGAGGGCACGCCGCUCGUGAUGAUCGGCAAAGGUGAAAACAUGGUCAGCGUCGUGUCUUCGGAGAAUGCGGCAGCGGCGCAUCUACUCGCGGCGAAAGCCCUACUGGACCCAUCUCGUGCCAAUGGCAAAGUCGCAGGGGAGACGUUCAACGUGGCCGAGGACCCGCCCAUCUUGUUCUGGCACCACAUGCGGACGCUCUGGAAAGCGGCUAGGGGAGAGGCCGCAGUGAAGCAGGCCUGGACGAUGCCCGGGUGGGUGAUGGAGUUGAUUGCUUUUUGUGUCGAGUGGAUGCUCCGCAUCCUUACGCUUGGAUUCGUGAGGCCGCCGACCAUGCUCAGCAGGACAUCCGUGAGCUACGUUUUGUACUCUCACACAUAUGAUUCUCGCAAGCUGAGGGAUGUGCUUGGAUUCCACCCCAAGUCCUCAGACCACGACAAGAUUGUUGAUGAGGCGGUUAAGUGGGAGUUGCAGAGGAGGCAAGAGUUGAAGGGGAGGAAGCAGGAGUAG